AAAAAAUGAACAGUAAAUACAUUUUUUACUCAAUCCAUCUGUAGUAAGCAUAUACUUUUUGAGCAUAUUCAUUUACUUGCUUAUUAUAUUUGAUGCAGAACACUGGAUUUGAAAUUAAUCUAUUUGUGUCUCAUAUCUGAUUUUUGCUGGAAAAAAAGUAUAUCAGUUUCGCUGCUUGUCGAAAAUGGUGGAGUUCAAUUUUGACUGUCAUGCCUUAUUGAAUUUUUUGAACUUCAGAUACUUCCAGAAAUUUCAACUGAAUUCAUUGCGUAUUCGCUGAUAUGAAGUAUUAUUAUUAUGAUUAUUAUCAAAAAUAAUUGCUAAUUUUUUGCAACCAAGUCCAACGAUUUAUGCGACUGCUUUAUUUACCUUUUUCAAAUUCUGUUUGAAUAGUUAUUUAUAUUAUAUCAUAAAAACAUUUCAAUAAAUUUUAUUUCCAUUUUAUUUUACUUUUUGAUUCCAAUCAAAUCAAUGGCGUCUCUUAGUUACCCGAAAUACGACACACUCCCCCAGAUAUUUGCGAGUCAGGGUGAACCCAAUAUUUACUCACCCAAAGGAAAUUACGGAGUAAACUUUGGAGGAAAUAAAGCUACAAUGAGUGUCCCAUUUAUGAACUCUAGCGGUGGUACAAGUAAUGCUCUGGUGCCUUUCAACCAGGGUGCAAUGGGAGGGAAAUUGGGUCAAUAUGGGGGUCAAAUGAUGGAAGACUCGAAUCGAGUGAGAGCACUUGAAAUGAGACUGAUGGCGGCGGAGCAGAGCAACAAGACAGUUCUCGAGGAGGUGGUCCGUCUGCAGAAUGAGAUGAGAGUGACAGUGAGACGACUGGAGGAGAACUACAGCAAAGAGCUGGCUGAGAGGAGCCAGGUGGACCAGGGGGUGAGGAGUGCCAGCCAGAGUGUGCAGCAGAUGGCCAGUCGCAUCCAACAGAUAGAACAGAUGAUGGAGCAGGGUCAGUCAAGUGUGACUAAUCUGACAGGUCAGGUGAAGAGGAUAGAGACUAAUCUGAUGAGUGCUCAGAGAGAUGUUCUUCAGAGGAAUGACUCAUACUUCGCAAGACUGAACACAGUGUCGCAGUCAGUUGAGGAGUGGGCGGGGGAGAGGGCGAAGAUGCAGAGUGUGGUUGGGAUGUUGGCCCAGGAGGUGAAGCAACUGAAACAUGCUCUGGAGGUGAAACAGCUGGACUACCAGACACUCCAGCAGGAGAUACACAAGCGAAGUUCACAGAUAGAGAAUGAGUCACAAUCUAUGGUUAGUAAUGUUUUUCCAGUUAACCAGCCAGAGACCUACCCUGGAAAUUCAACUAGCAAGAGGAGUGCAAAAGGAGUAGUGCAACACUCCCAGCAGCAACUUACACACCAGAGGUUCAGGGAAACAUUACUGAGUGGAAAAACCCUUCGUAUAUACAACUACUCAAUAAAAUCGAAAGCCCAUACCAACAUAACCAUAGCGCAGAACCGAAUUGCCCUUUCACCCUUCGAUAGUAAGCGGUUCUUACUAUUCGACGGGAUAGCUACAUUGCCCUUUGGACACAGGUCUACAGAAGAAAAUGUGUUCUUCGAGGCCAUUGCGGAAGAAAGCGAGUGGGCAAACUCACAGUUGACAAAUACGCCGACUUAUAGCAGCGAAAGCAGCGAAAGCAGCGAAAGCAGCGAAAGCUGGCAAUCACCGAAAUUCCGGGUCCCAGAUUGGGGCUUUUUUCAAGAAAGCUAUACGGAGGAAGAGCUUCAAGAAGAAAGCGCAGCUAGCAGUUCAAGAGACCCUCCGCCUAUCAAUAACCCAUUCAUUCUAACAGAAGCGUCUGUUCGUUCUAGUCAGAAAAAAAAGUACAAAACAUGA